UGUCAUGUGACGGGUGAUUGAGCCUGUAGUCGUUUCAUAGACACAUUGUGUUUUUCUCCAAACAGCUUAUGAUAAUAAAGAAGACGAAGAACAGCAGUAAUAACACAUAACGACAUUGUAAGUUUUUUUUGCAAGGCGUGGACGAUAAAAACAACAGCUACUAAGCACAGUCUUGUGUGCUGCCAUGGACAGUGUGAAGAUGGAAUCUGUCCAGAUUAAAGAGGAGUUCCCUGAACUUGAACUUGUCCCCAUUAGAGUGGAGUUCUCUGGGAUGGCUUCCCUCCCCAUUAAACAGGAGCUCUGUGAGGUGCAAUGUGACAACAGUCAGCCAGAGGUCUCUGACAUUAAAGCUGAGCACAAUGAAUUGGAGAUCCCCCAGACAGAAGAAUCCCUUCCUGUUAAACAAGAGGAGGUGCUAGAAAUUGUCCAUAUUAAACGGGAGCCCCCUGAAGUAGAGUUUGAUCACAUGGAACCAUGGAAGGAAGAAUCUGAGGACUUGAAACCAAACAUCCCUGAGGUGGAGCCUGUACCCCUGCGGGAGUGUAGUGUGGUGCUGGAGAGAAUCUGUGUGACAGAGCAAGGGGCUGGAGAGAAAAGCUCUCCCAACAGCACACAAGCAGGUGGAAACGAAGACAGGCAGUCUCAUUCAGAAUGCAGUCUAGCAGGUUCCAGUCCAGCAGCUAAAGCGAGGGCAGGCUGUGGAGAUUGUCCUGACUGUGGGAAAGCUUUCACCCAGUUAGGACAUUUAAAAAUACACCAGCGAAUUCACAAAGAAGAGAAACCAUAUCGGUGCUCUGACUGUGGGAAGAGAUUCAGUCGGUUAUACAGCCUUGUUUCACACCAGCGAAUUCACACAGGAGAGAAACCGUAUCGGUGCUCUGACUGUGGGAAGAGUUUCAGUCAGUCAGGAGACAUGAAAAUACACCAGCGAAUUCACACAGGAGAGAAACCGUAUCGCUGCUCUAUAUGUAGGAAGAGAUUCAAUAAGACAGGCAGCCUUGUUUCACACCAGCGAAUUCACACAGGAGAGAAACCAUAUCGCUGCUCUUACUGUGAUAAGAGCUUCAGUCAGUCAGGAGACAUGAAAAUACACCAGCGAAUUCACACAGGAGAGAAACCAUAUCGCUGCUCGGUCUGUGGGAAGAGUUUCAGACAUUCGGGAAGCAUGAAAAAUCACCAGCGAAUUCACACAGGAGAGAAACCGUAUUGCUGCACUGACUGUGGGAAGAGUUUCAGAGAUUCAGGAAGCAUGAAAAAUCACCAGCGAAUUCACACAGGAGAGAAACCAUAUCACUGCUCUGACUGUGGGAAGAGAUUUCGUCUGUCGGGAAACCUUGACAUACACCAGCGAAUUCACAGAGGCGAGAAACCGUAUCACUGCUCCAACUGUGGUAAGAGUUUCAUUCGGUCACAACACCUCAAAACACACCAGCAAACUCACACAGGAGAGAAACCGUAUCGCUGCUCUCACUGUGGUAAGAGUUUCAGUCGGUCAGAGAGCCUUGUUUCACACCAGCGAACUCACACAGGAGAGAAACCGUAUUACUGCUCUGACUGUGGAAAGAGUUUCAGUCUUUCGGGAGACCUUAAAAAACACCAGCGAAUUCACACAGGAGAGAAACCACAUCGCUGCUCUUACUGUGGGAAGAGUUUCAUACAGUCUGGAGCCCUGAAAAGACACCAACAAAUUCACACAGCAGAGAAACCGUAUUGCUGCUUUGACUGUGGAAAGAGUUUCCAUUUUAAACAAUGCUUUCAAAAACACCAGCAAAUUCACAGGGGAGAGGAACCGUAAAGACUAUGUUCAAUGGGACGUUUCACUCAGGAAGAAAAAAACGUUAGGCUUGCAUUAGGAAUCCCUGUGUAAUUGUUGUUUUGUGUAUCACUCUUUUAAAAGCAUACAUUUUUAACUGGUGAAAAUGCUCUUCAACUGGCUUUGACUCUGAUUGUGUCUGAAAGUGAGCGGUGAUGCAGACACGUCACAAGAGGCUUCUCUGCUGUUAGUUUAACUCAGGCUGUCAGUGCAGUCAGUGCCCGGGAGCGGGAAUGUGCAGAA